GCUCAAUUCAAGCCGAUGGUCCCUGCACAUUUUACGGAUCGCUUCCCAGAGCACUUGAUCACUCAAAUCGGAGGUACUAACAGUCUUCAGUCCCGUGUGGUCGGCGAACCGGCGCCUCAGGUGGCUUGGUACUACAACGACGCGCCUCUCAAACCCUCAUCUCUUAUUCGUACCUCCCAUUUGGGCGACCAAGUGCACAUCACAUUCUUAAAACUUGGCCUUGACAACUCCGGAGUCUAUGCCGCUGUCGCCAGCAAUCCCGCGGGUCAAGACGUUUGCCGAUUCACUUUGGAAGUCCAGCCACUCUCAGAGUCUAUGGUGCCAAUUCAACCUGUUAGUGAACCACCUCGCUUUCUGCGAGGUCCUCUUCCUUGGACCCCAGCAAAUAUCAGCCUACAGGGGGCAAGAAUCAUCUGCCCUGGCCGCAUCGACUGUCAGGAGGGUGGGGGUCUAGUCCGCUUUGAGGUCGAGGUAAAUGGCAAGCCAACCCCGGAAUUGGUCUGGUUUCGCAACCACGAGCCAAUAAGACCGAACAACAUGCAAAAGAUUUUGACCAUAGCUGAUAACAUCCAUGUUCUUGAACUGGAAGUCCCAACGCCUGAACGCGACAACGGUACAUAUCGCUGCCUGGCCAUGAACACCGCAGGACAGGCGGAACUGUUGUUCACCCUCAAUGUGAAUCCAAAGCCUCCCUUAGCUCCACAAGCCUCGCGGUUCGUGCAGAAGCCGCCACCGCAGUUGGUCUCGCCUCUAGGCCAGAAGGUCGUUCUAACUGCCCUGGUAGAAGGGAACCCGGUGCCAGUGAUCUCCUGGCACAAUGAUGGCAAGCUUGUACCUCUUGGCUUCAGCGAUGGCGGCAGGAUCCACGUCAACCUGGAGGGCACGGAGACUUCACUGACGAUCUUCAGCUUCCAACCUGAGGACAUUGGGACAUGGCAGUGCCUGGCGGCAAAUAUCGCUGGUACGGCGACAACAAGAACGAAAUUAUCCCCUCCAGAAUAG